AUGACGCGGUUCUCUCAAGAUCAAAUGAUGGAGAGGUUCGACGCUCGCAUUAUCAAGCUGCGGCCUUCGCCGGGCCCGCCGCCUGUGCAAUCUUUGAACGUCCAUGAGUUUGCCCAUUCGCCCACAACCUACUGCCUCACGAUGGCUACUCUCCCGGUGACCCUCUUGGCUACGUUAUACCUUCUUCCGAAUCCUCAAACAUUGAAGGGCACGUGGCUGGCGAUGCGCGCGGGGAUGCGGUGGCUCGGGGAGUGCUUCUUUGGGCCGCCGCCCCCGCUAGACCCCAUCCUCCUGCCCUCGCUGGCAGAGCUCCUCAACGCCUCCGAGACAGUCGCCUUCAACCCGCAGACUACCGACGCCAGUAGCGACAAGCUUCCGGAUGGCAGCAUGACAUCAGAGGCAGACGGCCCACUCGGUGUGAAUCGAGUGGGCGAAAGCGGGGGAGGAGAGGACAAGAGAGAAAUCGAAGAGGAGGAAGGCGAGGGCACUAGCAGCGUCGAUGAUUGUAAGACAUGGGACAAUCUAAAGAUUGACUUACUCCCUCAAGCAAAUAAACCGACGCAGUGGGACGCCGCGCAUGUCACCGUACCGGAACGCGUCCCCGCGCACGUCGCCUUACCGCAACGUGUCCCCACGCCAGUCACCGUUGCGGGACGGGUCCCCGCGCCAGCCCUCGUUCCGGGACGCGUCCCCGCGCCAGCCCUCGUUCCGGGACGCGUCCCCAGGCACGUCGCCGGUGCGUGCGGUCUCCCGCCGGUGGCUGCUCCCGCCCGCCUAGCAGCGCAGACACGCCCGCGGGCCGCGCGGCGCGGCCGCUGCGCCGCUCGCCCGGGCGGCGUGACGUCCUCGCGGCCCGCGUCGACGCGCCGCUACGCGCUGGUGCCGCCGCCGCCCCCGCCGCCCCUGGAGCAGGGGUGCGGGAUGCGUGCGGCCGCGCGUGACGCCUCGUGGCGCGCGGGCGUCAGCUGCGUCUCCGUGCUCGACACCUCCGCGAUCCGGCCGCGCUGGCGAUGA